AUGGAUCCCUACGACAGUGACUCCAGCGGAGAUGAAGACUUCGAUGAUACCGGUGUGCUUCUAGGAUAUGCCGCCGAGGAACUCAUCGAGGAUACAAUCAGCCAUCUUGGAGGCCAUCCAAAAUGGCUAGACGACGCUUCUCCUGCCCCUGGCGACUUCGCCAACUGCAAAGUGUGCAACUCUCCGAUGUUGCUGCUCCUCGAACUGCACGGCGAUCUGCCCGAUCACUUCCCCACCAACGAAAGACGCCUCUACGUAUUCGGAUGUCCCAGAAAACCCUGUAACCGCAAGCCAGGCAGUAUUCGAGCAUUCCGCGCAUCGCGCAAAGUCACCAUCGGUGCCCCAAAGCAAGAAGAACCAAAAGAGGAAGCCCCCAAACCUAGCGUCCCCGAACAACCCAAACAAGACCUGGGCGCCAGCCUGUUCGGCGCAACAAACCUGACAAGCAACAUCUCCGCAAACUCCAACCCAUUCUCCUCGGGCCCCGCACCAGCUGGCAACAACCCAUUCGCAACACCCGUCUCGUCAACCCCCGCACCAGUCGAGAAGCCCGCUUCCACAGAAACCAAACUGGCCGAAUCAUUCGCCGACAAAGUUCGCGUUUCCUCGCCCCCUCCCUCGGCACCCACCAAGCAAGCGCCCGAGUCAUCGACUCCAGCCCCAUGGCCCGAGCAGUCCGCCUUCCCGGCGCCGUAUAAGAAUUUCUACCUAGACGCCGAAUACGAGACCAUCUCACGCCCUUCAACGCCCACAGUCCCGGACAAUGUCCAGAUGGAACCAAUGGAAGAGGAAGGCGCCGGUGGCGCCGAACUAAAGGAUACCUUCGAGUCCGAGCUCGACAAGGCCUUCAUGAAGUUCUCCACUCGUCUCUCCCACAACCCGGAACAAGUCCUGCGCUACGAAUACCGCGGCGCACCCCUCCUCUACUCGACCGUUGAUGCUAUCGGUUCUCGUCUGCAUGUCAACACAGACCCCGGUACCAAGGUUAGCACCAUUGGUGCCGGUAGCAUUCCUUCCUGCGAGUACUGUGGUAGUCACCGUGUCUUUGAGUUCCAGCUUGUGCCGCAUGCUAUCAGCAUGCUUGAGGAGGGCCGCGCUGGCGUUGGACUUGGCAAGGAUGACGCAGGUAUGGAAUGGGGCACUAUCAUCAUGGGUGUUUGCUCUAAGGAUUGCGCACCCCAGGAACUGGGCGUUACUGGCUGGCGAGAGGAAUGGGCUGGUGUGCAAUGGGAGGAGAUGAAAUAG